GCACAAUUGAAGCACUCUCUUUUCUUCCUCGGAGAGGACAGCACUCCGAUGGACGACAUGGCGAGCUACUUUCCGCCACCACCACUACCGUCGCGGGCUUCUGGUCUUGAAGCUCCUCACUAUCCCUAUUAUCAGGUUCCUCCUUCUUCAUCACCGCCGUCUCUGCAUUACCUCGUUCAACAGCCUCCCACCUUCGCUUCCUAUGGCUUUCCUUUUUUACCUCACGCAGCGUCUAUCAAUGAGGUCCGAACCCUAUUCAUAGCUGGUCUUCCUGAAGAUGUCAAGCCCCGAGAAAUUUACAAUCUCUUCCGGGAGUUUCCGGGAUACGAGUCCUCUCAUCUACGGAGUCCCUCGCAGACGACGCAGCCAUUUGCAUUUGCUGUAUUCUCGGACCAGCAGUCUGCCAUUGGUGCAAUGCAUGCAGUAAAUGAUACUGCCUGUUCACCUGGAGCAUUGAACCAUCUGCAAGGCACAAUUCUGUACUCGUCACCUCCUGGGGAGAGGAGGGCAUGUGGUUGGAGUAUCCUUCUACAGGCUUGUUAUUCUUUAAUAUGUUAGUACUGUGCAUGCGCAAGAAAUUGAAAUGAAUAAUACAGUAAUUGGGGAGACAGAAUUUGAAUGGUAGUGGGUUCAGUCAAAAGCAUUGAAUUCAUAUUCUUCUUCAAGAUGUUCAAAUUUUCUAACCAAAAAAAAAAAAAGAACUUUAGAAUU